CACAGUAAGGGUUAUAUUUGUUUAUUGUUAACUAGCAACAGCGAACCUGACUUUGUGUUUUAUAUUUUAUAACAAAUUGUUGAAACUAACAUUUAACCUAGCUGUCCGAAACUCUCUUUACAGUACCUUGAGUGUUGGUAUGGCUGCUAUUGCAGAACCAAAGACAAUGACUCGUGCAAAACAGUGGUCAGAUGAAGUGGAAGAAGCAUAUCGAUUUCAGCUUGCUGGAUACAGAGAUGCCAUAGAAUAUCAGAUAAUACAGAAAAAAGAUAUUGACAGAUGGCCUCACAAUGGAUACGUUAAGAAACUUCAGAGAAAAGAUGGUUGUUUUUAUUACUUUGACAAAACACGAGAAUGUCCAGAGAAAGAUAUAAACAAAUGCAAAUUAUAUGUUUAUUGAUGUGAUAUACACAUAUGAAUAAGCAGGAAACAUCUUUUGUAUUAAGAGACUGCCACUAUGUUCAUUGGUAUCUGGGAACAGUGUAAAUAAGUUCCUGUUGGUACUGAGCACUUUUUUUGUUUUUUUGUUUUUACAGUUGUUUAAUGUGUAUGAUCUGUUUUAUUUAUUUUGUUGCACUCAUCUAUAUACAUUUCCCCCAUUUAUAUUAUGAUUACAGUCUAUCAUGCAGUAAAUGUUUGAAAAGUGUUCUUUAAUUAUAAUUCACUUGUCAGUUCAUGUUUAAUGGUGUAAUACUUUAAGAAAGUUGUGUCCAAUAUUUUGUUCAAGAUAAUUCAUUGAUGAUCAUUAACAGUGUGAAAGGGGAAUUGUAUGGUGUAUGGAUGUUAAAAGUGAUUGAUUAUAAACAGUUAAACUAUAUGAGAAGAAUAUUUUGGAUUAUUAUUAAAAGUUCGAAUAUCAA